CAAGUUUUCUCGUAGAGUAAAAUUAUGAAUGCUCGAGUCUGCGGGAGUAGUAAUAUUACAGUCAUUUCGAAGUCCGACCUCGUCUCCCGGGCGAUUCUAUUGGCGGUGUAAAGCUCUCUUUUCCGGUGAAGGUCUUCGCCUGAAGUUCGCCUCGGAAGUGCGUCUUUACAACGCUGAGUGGCUGAUCGGCGUUAGUCUUCUCAGUUGUUAGGGUUUUAAUUGAAUCGGACUGAUUCUACUUGAAGCAUUCUUAUCAAAGACUACAAGGAGAUCUGCUGAAUGGAAAUCGUUCUAGAGCAGAAGGAUGCUGCUGAUUGGACUUACAGAGGCGAAGGAGCUGUCAACCUUGUCCUUGCGUACACUGGAUCUUCUCCUCUUUUUGUAUUUUGGGAAAGUUUUACGGAUACAGAAGGCUCCGAGAAAUGGAUCACACUGCGGGAGCGUUCGGAACCUGAAGGCUUUGUCCGCGCAUGAGCGCCUUCUGUGGAGAGAUGUAGGAGACAUUGUGUCGUGCACGGAUCACGAUGUUGCAUGUCAAAUCUAUGUGCAGCAUGUAAUGAUACCGUUGCUGGAUUUCAAACAUGUUGAUGCUGGGGUCCAUGUCCUUGUAACGAGAGAGUUCCUAGAGACUAUUGAGAAGAACAUUCUUGGUCAGCGUCCUGCUUGGAGGAUUAAUGCAGGACGAAUUAAUAUACAUCGUGAUUCUGUCCUCCUUCAAUCAGAUCAUGCUAUUUUUUCUCAAGGUGGUGAUGAUGAAUUUUGCAUAUCUGUCGAGAUAAAGCCAAAAUGGGGAUGUCUUCCAACUUCAAGAUUCAUAUCCAAAAAAAAUGCCAUUAAGAAAAAUGUGACUCGUUUUAGGAUGCACCAAGCAUUGAAGUUGCAGAAAGGCGAGAUAUCUCAGUUUAGUGAUUACAAUCCGUUAGAUUUAUUCUCUGGAUCCCGGGAUCAGAUAUACAAAGCAAUCAAAGAUCUUUUCUCUACCCCUCAGAAUAAUUUCCGUGUCUUCUUAAACGGUUCCCUAAUACUUGGGGCAUCGGGUGGCUAUGCUGAUGACACUAAUUUGGUGAUUGAGGAAGCAUUUGAAGACGCUCUGCAAUCUGUCAUCCAGAGAGAAAAGGGAUCUCGAGCAAUGACAUUCCUACAGCUUGUUGCUGAGGCUGUAUAUAAAUCCGGAUGUCUGAAUCGUCUUCUUGCGGUUCAACAGCUUGACAGUUUUGACAUAGAAGGGGCUAUUCAUGCGUACUAUGACAUUAUUUCAAAGCCCUGCCAGGUUUGUGGACAUAUGGAUGAUGAGGAAUUGUUGAACAUAUGCGGCACUUUACAUUCUGCCCAUCUUGAUCAAAGCUUGGAGAUUGUGAGGAACUUUUUAAUAGCUGCAACCGCUAAAGACUGUAGUUUGAUGAUUACUUUUAGACCCUGGCACGUUGAGUGUCCUGGCUCUGCAUAUAACAGCAUAUUCGUUGAAUCAACCAACCAAACUUUUGACUACAAGGUUAAUUUCAUAGACCUGGAUCUAAAGCCUUUAAGGAAGAUGGAAGAAUACUAUGAACAAGACAAUAAAAUAGUUCGAAGCUACACUAAGAUGUUUGUGACAGAGCUAGAGGCAGACGAUUACUAUAGGCCUGAGGAGGUGUGAACUUACAAUGAGUUGAGAGAAUACAUGCUGAAGUUUGUUACCGUACUUCAAUUCCGAGCUGGAUACUUUCUUUCCCAGAUUUAGUCUGCUGUUAACCAAGUCCUCGGCAGAAGCUUUGUUCGUAUAUCCCAAACUUAAUGACAAAUAAAAGCAUCGAUGGAGUUCAUACGUGGUCUAUGUCUGCGGACAAUAGUUGGGGUAUGUACCAUCUGAUAAAAAAAACUUCUUUUUUUCCUAAAAAGAAAUAAAUUUUAAUUAAUGUACGUUAGUUAGAAUCCACCAACUCCUUUGCCCAGAAAUAAGAGAAAUAAAGGAAAAUUCCACAAUGGCUUCUAGUUUUGAAA